AAUCGAUUUGAUUCAAUGAAACUUUAUAUAUAUAUAAUAUGAUUCAAACUACGAGCCUCUUCUUAUUAUAACAUAACCAUUUUUUUUCUUUCAAUAGUAAAAUUUACAUAUUUGUCUUAACUUAUAAUGGCUUCCAUUGUUGCAAGCUCCCCAAUUAGUGCUAUAGCAACUCUUCCAUCAAAUAAUGCCACACCCAGAAGCACAGUUUGCCAACUUAAGGGCUUCACUAACAUUGGAGGUCCAGUGGUUAAUGGGCUAAGAAUUGCUCCUAAGGUCACAUUCACAAAGGCAACUGAGAGAUUGGUUUUAUUCUCAUCUAAUUGCUUCAAGACUAGAAUUUCUUGCUCCAUUAAUGCUCAACCAGAGACUCUUAAAACGGUUCAGAGCACAAUUGCCAAACAACUCUCCAUUGAUGAAAAUACAGUCACACCCUCAACAAAAUUUGCUGAUUUAGGGGCUGAUUCGCUUGACACUGUCGAAAUCAUGAUGGCUUUGGAAGAGAAGUUUGACGUGUCAAUUGGAGAAGCGGGAGCUGAGAAUAUCUCAACCGUCCAAGAUGCAGCUGAUCUGAUUGAGAAAGUGAAGGCAUCCCCAGCUUAAUUAUUAGACCAAAUAACACCUAUAUCACAAACCCCAUCAAGGAUCUCUCUAUGACGAUCGAUUAUUGUGAAUUUUUCCUUUUCAAGUGUUUUUUGUUUUUGUUCCUUACCUAAAUUGUUGUCUCUUUAUUGAUUAUUGAACAGUCCAAACAGAAUUACAAAAAUAACUAUUUCCCAUGGAGUUCUCUCAAA